GUCACAACAAUGCAUUCUAUGUUGACUCAUUCUGUUGUGAUGGUGUCUGUCAAUUUUAUUCUAGUGAAUCAGAGUUUAAAAUUUUCGAAAAUGGCCUGAAAUUUGAGGUUUAAGUCUGGAAAAAUCGUAGAAAUUGUGUGUGGUGUGUUAUAGAGUGAAACUCACUUGAAAUACUGGGGAAACAGAUUUGCUCGGGCAUCAGAGGAGCUACUAAAACAAACAUGACGUCAUCAAAUCAUUAUUAAUUUUUUGACCAAUAUUGAUUGGUAGAUUGACCAAUCUUAUUUCAAGGAAAAUGGCAUCAAAUCCAUUAAAAUAACGAAAUACUAUAAUUAAGAAAUAAUUAAUCAGCUGAUUCUCCCAGUAUUGCAUGGAUAACCGUCUGAAAAAAACAUUCUUCAUAAUAAUUCUUCUACUAUUUCUUCUCUAUGUAUAUUGGACCUGGAAACGGCAAGUGACAGACUCUAAUGCCGAAUCUAACAGUAGAAGUGCUCCAAAACAGCUGAUCUACCCGAAUUUAUUCGAAAAAUACUGCCGGAAAUGUUCAGCUGUCAAUCUUUCAAUCUCAGUUUUGCACCUGUUUGCAGUUCUGAAAAACAGCUGUCGUCAGCUGAUUUCGAUUGAAAAAUUAUCCUCCAGAUUCCCUACUACAUCAAUCAUUGAAAAUGGGGACGAACCAUUUCUGUGGUGGAAUAUUUUUGGAUGCAAAGCAAUUGUGUUGGAUGAAUCAACUGGGAGGUUUGUGGAGAAUUUGUUGUGCAACGAAAAGAAAAGUUGCAACACUGUAAAGAGGAGAAGUGGCAACACAGUGAAGAGACUUGACAACAGUGUCAGGCGUCUGGGCAACAGUAUCAAGGGUAUCAAAAAAUCAGGCAACACUAUCAAGAGAUCUGGCAACACAGCUAGGAAAGUGGGAGGUCACAUGGGAAAGAAAACAAGUGCCAAAAAAGCUGGAAAAAGUGGUGGCAGGAAACAUGGCAACACUGGUAAGAAGAUGGCGGCUAAGAAAUCUAGUCAUAAGAAUGGCAACACUGUAAGCAAUAACAGGAGAUCUUUGACGGGAAAUCAAAAGGGAAGAUUGGAUGUGGUAUCUAAUGUUGUUAAUGGUGAAAUUGUUGAUGGAGAUUCUAAAGAAGAAGAUGGUGAACAAGAAGAAGGAGAUAAAAAUGGUGAAAAAGAGAGAAACAAUUAUUUCAAAAGAGGAAAUCUUGAGAAAAAUUAUGGCCUAAAUAUAGAAAAUAUGAAAUAUGAUAAUGAAGUGGAUAAUGUAGAUAAAGAAGAUGUCAACAGUGAUGAAGAAGAAGAAGAAGUGGAACAAGAAAUAGACGGAGAUGAUAAAGAAGAGAACAAAGAAAAUACUUCUCUCGCGUAUUUGGUACUUUUCUCCUUACUGGUGAUUUCUACUGGAGCAAGUCUGUUGGAAGUUUUCAGAGAGAAGAAGAGAAAGGUGUCAGAAGAUGGACCAGAUGAUGGCAGUGAAAUAGCAGCCGGUUGUUCAGUUGGUAGAAGGAUGUCUCUAGUGGAUUUGACAGUGAGCCGACAUGCCAGAAAGGAGCAUCAGAUUGAGAAUAUUCUAAAACAUUCAGGUAGCAGCAGCUCUACUUCUCGUUCAUCCCCACCAUCUCUGCUACAGCGUCGCUGUUCGUUCCCAGCUGUCCCUGACUCCCAAGGUCAUCUCUCACUGGGUCAAGGUCACAGCUCGAUUCAAGGUCAUUCCUUACAUCAGGGUCACUUGUCACAAGGUCACAGUUCGACCCAGGCUCGGCCUCUCCAGCAGAGACAGCAGACUUGGUCACCUCCCUCGCCGCUGGUCAGACAGGCGGGCCUGAGGAGGUUGUCGGUGGAUUAUCAGGGGGAUGUGAUGGGUGGAGGAGUCGGAGGAGUAAUAGGAGGAGGUGGUGGGGAUGAGUCACCGGACAGUAGGAGGAGGGUGAGGAUUAUUCGGAGGCAUUAAGGUAAGGAAAGAUGGUGUUGAGGUGGUGGUGAUGUAGGA